AUGCUAAGGCACAACUUAGGCAACAGUUCAGAGGCUAAAGUUGAAGCUGGCUCUGUCUUCUCACAGACUGAACACAACAUUGUUGCAGCUUACUUGAUUCUGGCAGGUAUGAUAAGUAUUCUUAGCAACUUAAUAGUGCUAGGCAUCUUCAUUAAGUACAAGGAACUUCGGACACCUACGAAUGCAAUUAUUAUUAAUCUGGCCUUUACGGAUAUAGGUGUCAGUAGCAUCGGGUACCCCAUGUCUGCUGCUUCAGAUCUGCAUGGAAGUUGGAAAUUCGGAUAUGCAGGCUGUCAGAUUUAUGCUGGAUUGAAUAUCUUCUUUGGAAUGGCAAGUAUUGGGUUACUCACAGUUGUGGCCAUGGAUCGAUACCUGACCAUCUGUCAGCCUGACAUAGGGAGAAGAAUGACCACUCACACCUACUUUGGCAUGAUUCUGGGGGCCUGGAUCAAUGGCCUGUUUUGGGCUUUGAUGCCCAUUGUAGGUUGGGCUAGCUAUGCCCCAGAUCCUACUGGAGCUACCUGUACCAUCAACUGGCGGAAAAAUGACAAAUCUUUUGUAUCCUUCACGAUGGCAGUUAUUAUGGUGAAUUUUGUUGUGCCCUUGACGGUGAUGUUUUACUGCUAUUACUAUGUCACUCAGUCCAUUAAACAUCAUACUGCCAGUGACUGCACGAAGUCUCUCAACAGAGACUGGUCAGAUCAGGUAGAUGUAACAAAGAUGUCUGUGAUCAUGAUCUUGAUGUUUUUGGUGGCAUGGUCUCCUUAUUCCAUCGUGUGCCUCUGGGCUUCAUUUGGUGACCCACAGAAGAUUCCUCCCUCAAUGGCCAUCAUAGCACCUCUGUUUGCAAAAUCUUCUACAUUCUACAAUCCCUGUAUUUAUGUAGCUGCUAACAAAAGGUUUCGGAGGGCAAUGUUUGCCAUGUUCAAAUGUCAGACUCACCAAGCAAUGCCUGUGACAAGUAUUUUGCCAAUGGAUGUAUCUCAAAGCCCAUUAUCUUCUGGAAGGACCUGA